ACACCCUCUGAGCUUGAAGUGUAGCACAAGUCAACAAACUGGCCUCAGACGUGUGCUGUGAUCUGCACUGAGGCUCACUGCAACGACUUUGCAAAGUCACUUCAUUUCUGAGGACAAGAAGGAAUUGUAUGCAGGAGGCAUAAUGGUGUAUCAUAAAGAAUUUGAUAAGGCAGGCAAGAACCCUGGCCUUCAGAUCUGGAGAAUUGAAAAUAUGGACCUGACACCUGUACCUGAAAGUUUACAUGGAAAUUUUUUUGUAGGAGAUGCUUAUGUUGUGUUGCAGACAGUUAAGCAGAAGGACAAUUAUUUUUACAAUCUGCACUUUUGGCUGGGUAAGGAAUGCACUCAAGACGAGAGUACAUCUGCUGCAAUAUUCACAGUGCAAAUGGAUGAUUACUUAGGGGGAAAACCUGUGCAAUACAGAGAGCUUCAGGGAUAUGAAUCAACAACUUUUACUUCUUAUUUCAAAGGAGGAAUUAAAUAUAAGGCUGGUGGUGUUGCUUCAGGGUUUCAACAUGUUGUUACCAAUGAUCUAUCAGCUGAAAGGCUAUUACAUAUUAAAGGAAGAAGAGUGGUCAGAGCAACAGAAGUUCCUCUCACUUGGUCAAGUUUCAACAAAGGAGACUGUUUCAUCGUUGAUCUUGGAGCCACAAUUUACCAGUGGUGUGGCUCAAACUGCAACAAGUAUGAACGUCUCAAAGCUGCUCAGGUCGGAGUUGGCAUUCGUGACAACGAGAGAAAUGGAAGAGCUCAGCUAGUCGUCGUAGAAGAUGGAAGUGAACCACAACACAUGAUCAAGGUCUUGGGAAGAAAGCCAGAACUACCCAAAGGAGAUGACAAUGAUGAUGAAAUAGCAGACAUUUCCAACAGAAAACUGGCAAAGCUGUAUAUGGUGACAGACUCUAGUGGGUCCAUGCAGGUGUCUAUGGUAGCAGAUGAAAAUCCGUUCCCACAAAAGCUACUGCUCUCUGAGGAAUGCUUUAUAUUGGACCAUGGAACCAACAAAAUUAUAUACGUCUGGAAAGGUAAAAAUGCUAAUCCUAACGAGAGAAAGACAGCAAUGGCAACUGCAGAAGGUUUUAUUAAGCAGAUGGGCUAUCCUCCAAACACACAGGUUCAAGUGCUUCCGGAGGGCGGAGAAACCCCAACCUUUAAGCAAUUCUUCGUGGACUGGAAAGAUAUUGACCAAAGUGAAGGGUUUGGAAAAGUUUAUGUCACUGAGAGGAUCGCAAAAAUUGAACAGGUCCAGUUUGAUGCCUCCAAACUUCAUGAAUCUCGUCACAUGGCUGCACAAUACAACAUGGUUGACAAUGGCACAGGAAAAACAGAGAUAUGGCGUGUUGAAAGCAACGGCAGAGUCCCAGUUGAUCCAGCUACCUAUGGACAGUUCUACGGUGGAGAUUGCUACAUAAUUCUAUACACCUAUAACUGCGGUCAGAUUAUUUACACCUGGCAAGGCUCAAGUGCAAGCAGAGAUGAACUGACUGCAUCAGCCUUUCUGACUGUUCAGCUCGAUCGCUCGCUUGGCGGACUAGCAGUUCAGGUCAGAGUAUCUCAAGGCAAGGAGCCACCUCACUUAUUAAGCUUAUUCAAAGAAAAGCCUUUGAUAGUUUAUAAAAAUGGAACAUCAAGAAAGUUUGGUGAAGUCCCUGCUCCUCAAACACGUCUCUUUCAAGUGCGUAGAAACCUGGCAUCCAUUACUCGAAUUUCAGAGGUUGAUGUGGAUGCAAUGUCUCUGAACUCAAAUGAUGCUUUUCUCAUGAAGCUUCCUAAAAAUAAAUCUUAUAUUUGGGUGGGGAAAGGAGCCAGUACAGAAGAAGAAAAGGGAGCAAUCUACAUUAAUGAGGUUCUACAGUGCAAAGCCGACAGGAUUUUAGAAGGAGAUGAACCAGAUGAAUUUUGGAAAGCCCUGGGUGGGAAAAAAGAGUACCAAACCUCUUCUUUGUUAGAAAACAAAAUAAUGGACCAUCCUCCACGUUUGUAUGCCUGUUCCAAUAAGACUGGUAAAUUUAUUAUUGAAGAGAUUCCAGGAGAAUUCACACAAGAUGACUUAGCAGAGGAUGAUGUAAUGUUGUUGGAUGCAUGGGAUCAGGUAUUUGUGUGGAUUGGCAAAGAAGCAAAUGAAGUUGAGAAAACAGAGUCUGUCAAAUCAGCAAAACGCUAUAUUGAGACAGAUCCAUCAGGCAGAGAUAAUAGGACACCGAUCGUCAUUGUGAAACAAGGCCACGAGCCAUGCACUUUCACUGGCUGGUUUUUAGCAUGGGACCCCACUAGAUGGAACAGUGAUCCUGUCGCCCAGGCCUUGUCUGCUAUGAAAGUGGCAUAAGAGUUGGGAAACUGGAGCUAACAGAGAAGCAUGGAGUUUCACUUCCCAAAGCUCCAAGCCACUUCACUUAAAGUAAACAUAUAGCAUUGAGUAAAACAUUUAUUUUGUGCCUUACUAAUAUAUCUGCUUUAGCUAAGUUUAUUGUGAACGGCCAAAUAAAAGUUAAUAUAUGGAUGUGAAUUUGGAAAAAUAUUCAGUGAGACAUUUGCUCAGGGGUUGCAAGUUCUAUAAAUAUUUGAUUAGACGACUAUUGUGAGUAAUUAACACAUAAAAUUUGAAUGAAUGUUUCGUUGCAAACACCAGCAAGUUUUAUUACUUAACAAUAACGAUAUUUCCCAAGUAUCCCUAGAUGAUUGUUUAACAGCAGUUAAUAUAAAAUAUAUUGUAUAGUCCAUUAAAGAUGCCUACCUAAUGUGAUAUAUAAAUGUAUUUUAUUAAGGGUACAAGAAACAUUUAGACAACAACUAUGUACAACUCAAUAAUUCCUGGCUUUGUGAAAUGUUCAAAAUUAACAUUAGGUUUGAGUUUCUUUUAAGGUGCCAAUUUCAAGUACAUUUCUGUGUACAUGUAUUUACAGCUAUCUGUAUGAACAAAUGUUUCUUGUGCCCUUGAAGAACGUAUUUUAAAUUGACAGAUGGCAACAACUCUGUGUAAAUGUUUUAAUUUCUUAUGUGUACAAAGUUUACAUUUAUUUGCAUUAAGUUUCAUUUACCACAUAGCCUCCCACACCUGUAGUGAUUAGUCUAUAGUAUUCAGCUAAUCUACCUAAACAAGUGUAAACUGCAAAUUUAACCAACAUCAGUUAUAUUUAAAUAAUUUCUAUAAAUUAAAAGCAGCAGCAGUUCUGGACUAAUCUAUGAGGCAACCCAUAACUAGCAUCAUAUAAUUCAGGAAGAGAUACAGCUGAAAAAAGCAGUUACAUGGGGUAUUUUAUGCAAAACGUCUGAAAAUAUAAUUCAGAUUCAUUAAAAAAAAUAUUUUUUGAAAGAUAAUGUACACUUCAUUGCUUUCAAUGGUGGCAUUGGGUUGUUACAACUGUUGACCUUCACUUACAGUCAAGCUCAUUUGUGUGCCUGUGUAGAUUUGUACUGUCUAUUCUGCUUUCCUCUGAUGUUUCCCAAAUUAAUUCAUUGUAAAGUAGGACACAAACAAUGAUAAAAGAGUUAGGGCAUCACCUUGGUGACCCCCAUAGAACUGAAUGAGAAAAAACAAAGAAAACAUGCAGAAAACUCAGAGUAGUCUUUUCAGACCUGAGUUCUACUUAGCAACUGAAUCAAGACAGCCGAAUUCCAGCUAAGUUCAAGUGGCAGGAAGGGGAUGUUCAGGCAGAUGAACGUGGAAGUGACAUCAGAGGAGGAGUGGCUGCCAAUCUUUCAUUCUGCAGAGAGAGAAGAGAAGGCAUUAGUAUACAGCACCAACCCCUGUUCCUGCAGCUAAUUACCAUUACCAAAGCCUUUAAGCUCUCCCUCACGUACAUGCAUGUGACCACAUUUUAGGUUAAUUACAAACACUGGAUGAACACUGGCCCUGGAUGUAGGGGUGAGUAUGUCUUGCCAAUGCCUCUGGGAUGUUCUAUUACUUCCUUUGAUACUGAAACAGAAGAUGUAGGGGUAUUGUUUUAAAGUGUUCUCAUUAUUUCUACAUAAAGCAUAUUAAAUUAAGAUCUCUGAUGUCGAAAGUAAUGCCAACUGCCCUGGAUAACUGUUUUUAAUAUAUUUUGCCUUUCAUAAUCAUUUACAUUAAUUUACAUGUGAUUAGCUGAUCUACAGUUACUGAUUCCAUUAUUAAUUUUUGUGCAGGAUUUUUUCUAGUUUUUGUAUAAGUUCUUUUAAUCUCCAUCCCCUGAACUUCAGGGUCUCAAGGAGAUAAAAUCCAUCCUGGUAACAUCAGGCGCAAGGUAGUAACCAACCUGUUUUGGGUUUUCAGGGAGAUGAUGCCUAUCAUGCAGGUCAGGUCAGGUCAGGUUGGGGAGCAUGCACUGGUACAGCAAGUUGCUGCACCCACCUAUCUUGCAUCAUGAAAUAAUUGACAGGAACCAGCCCUAGAGAGGGCGCCAGACUUUCAGCAAGCACAGUCAGGGAUACAUCUUUACUCCAAUUUAGGGUCACCAAUUAACAUCUCUGGGAUGUGACAGGAAGACCAUAUUUCUUUGACAAAAGCAAAAACUAAGGCAACAUGAAACUCGCAGACAGUGAACCCAGAUUACUGGCAACUGCCCCAAACUAAUGAGCAACCAUGCCACCCUUGUUUUUAAUUAUGAGUUUGAAUAAAAGCUAAAUAGAUGCAGUUUCUUUAACUGUAAGUCGCAACUCAGUAGUUUAUUGUCAUAUGCCAGUAUCAUCAUGUGGAUGGAUAUAUGUCACACUCUUCCCUGAGUAAACCUUAAAGGCUAUGUCACAUUACAUGACUUUUCCAGUGAUUUUUAGUCAUAACCUUUGUUUACAUAAUCUUAAGAAGUUGGAGGCUCCCAUGACAGCCAGUCCUCUAGUUAAAUAAACCCAGCAGAUCAGUCCAACCAGUCUGGUACUCACUCUAAUAACAUCUAAAAGCUUUAAUUUUGUCUUUAGUUGUAGGGCUGGGUUUUGUGUGCAUGACAGCUGGCAACCAAUCAGUGCUCAUCUGGAAGCACAAUGCAGCUAAUGCAGAAACAAGCAAUAAGGAACACAAGUGUUUUGGACCUCCCAAACAGAACAGAAACUUGCCUAACAAGCAUGCAGCCCCCACUUCAGCAGAGUGCUUAUAUAUGCUGACUAAAUUUAUAGAAUCCUCAAAGCCUGUUCCUGAGUCUACCUAAUAAUCUCCUUUCUUGCUUCCUACUUAAGAUAAAACUUUUAACAGACCCCUGGACCCCUGUUUCAUAAGAGAAUACUCAAUAUUCGUUUACUUUCCACACAUUCAGUUUCACACUUUUCUAUUAACUUUUACACUUCUCUGUGUUUCUCCUUUCACACCUGUGAGAUUACAUCUAACCUGAAGAAGGGCCCUGAGUUUCCUCAAAAGCUUGCAUAUUGUAAUCUUUAUUGUUAGCCAAUUAAAGGUGUCAUUUUACUUAACUUGUCACUACAUCCAUAAUGGCUAACACAGUACAAUACCCUAACACUCCCUUCACACAUGGGAUACUGGUUACUAUUAUAAGUAAAAUUGGUCUUAAUAAAACUUGCACAAAGACUCCAACUCCUUUGCCUGUCUGUUACACGCUAACUAAACAUUCAUCACUCGUCUUCCAAACAUUACAAAUGAAGCAAAGAUGUUAUAGAGAGACACAAAAACAUAAUGUUAGCAUGUGUUGUGGAACAGAAGAAUGAAUGCAGUUUUAAAAUUUUGGGUCCACCAACCCCCUUUUAAAUGAAAUGAAAAUAAAUUUAAAGUUAUUAAGUAAAAUAAUGGCCACUGCUGCUAACAAUUUACAAGUCACUCCUUAAACUGGCGAGAAUUUUGGUCAUCUCAUUCUGUCUCCCACCUGAGUCAAAUGAAGACACUGCUGCUUUUAUAACCGCAGCCAAAAAUGGGCGGGACUUUGGAGGGCUGCAUGGGCGUGAUUAGGCAUCGUCUGACUGCUUUUCUUCAGGGCUAUGGAUGGAAAGACAAGGUUGUUAACAACAGGGCCUCCACUAGUCCCAGGGUGGUAGCGCUUACUUUGUCAGAGCUCCUAAUCACAUGUGCAUCACAUAGGAUAUUAAUCCACAAAUAUAUAUUAUCAUAGCAUAACAUUCUUAAAUCCUGUUUAUUCCAUUCAGAGCCACAGAAGGUUUUAGCUUAUUUCAGAAUUACUUCGCACAAAGCAGGAAAUUCCCUGGACAGGAUGCCAUUGCAUUGCAUAGCCUGGUCAUGCAAACAACUGAGAAAGGGCCAAUUUAAAGUCACCAAUUUACCAAGUAGGCAUGUCCACGCAUGGAAGAGAAUGUGCAAACUCCACACAGACAAGGUCACGGUGCUGGGAUCAAACCCAAGAUAUGGAAUGGCAGCACUAUACUGCUCUAUUAUUUUUUCGGUAUAAACUAAUACCCACCAGUUUAGUCACAAUUCCAAACUUUUGUUGCAUGCUUUCUUUCACUAUUUAGGUUUUUUAACAAAAUGUUAUAAAGCUGUCAGAAACUCAUGUUAAUACUUAAAUAAUUAAAGGCACUUUUUUACUGCUUUAUCAAAUUAUAGUGACUAUAAUGACACAUUACUUUAAGAUAUGUAAGAUGUAAUAAGUAACCAAUUAACUUCAAGGCCAACCUGAUAUUUUUUAAAAACUCCUAUUUUUGUCAUUAUUAUGGCUUUAGUAUUAAGAUAUAAAUUGUAUAUUUCAUUUAUCAUCUUUGAGAAUUUACAGUAUACAUUUUUUAUGCCUUGCUUUGUUUGAAAAAAUACGAACUUGAGGGUAUAUAAUAAAAUCUCCCCCUAGAAAUA